AUGGGGUCGGAUUAUGUGCUCCUUCGUCGGCAAAAUAAGAUACGCCAGUGUUGUAUCUUCGUUACAAUAGUCGGAAUUGUCGCGUUAAUCUGUCUUUCUGUUGGAAUAGCCCUUAUAGUUCAAGAUAAAAAACGUGACGACUGCGAACCACGAAAAGCGGAAUCACAGGCUAAACCAGAUCAGUGUCAAUAUUCAGAAGAGGCCAAAAGAGUCAAACUUGAAGAUUUCUUGCAGAAAGCACAGGCGAAAUAUUAUGAGCUUAAUCCUCAUAAGAUCGCACUCAAGCCGGGGGUUAAACCGGAUGAGGUUCGUACCAAAUACCGCUCCUACGACCCAUCACCAGAAAACAUCAAACGGAUCACAGAUGAAGCCCUAACGAUCGCUAAAAAUCUUGAAAAUAUGAAAAUAGACAUGAACAAACUGACGCUGCGAGAAAAGCGAGCUGUGUCCCAGAUAUUGCACUGGACCAAACAUGGCUUCCCGUUCAUGGUACCUUACUUGUACAACUACUAUGUCGGUGAUUGGAUGAUGGGAGGAGAUAUAUUUUGCUGGAGUCCCAUAUGUUUGGUUCCUGAUGAAAUCAAAGCAUCCUUAGGGCAUUUCAAGAGCUCGACAGUCAGAGAAAUGGAGAUUCUUAAAGACAAACUCAAAGAAAUAAAACAUACUUUUGAUCGGUUUGUGGAGAACAUGAAGUUAGGUGUAUCCGCUGGCAUGGUUCGCACAAUAACAGAAUGCAACGCUGCAUUGGACGCUUUCAAAGAUAAAUUCAGGAAUGUCGCCAAUAACGGUCCAAAAGGUAAAGACUUUUUUAAUUAAAAGUUUAAAAAGUUCAUUUCUUUGAGUGUUAUCAAAAUUAAAUACUGUACUUGAAACCCUACGCUAAAACUAUGUUUUUCAUAGUUUCAGAGUAGUUUGACUAUCAAUUUUCUUUGUCUCUAAUACCCUAAUCACACAUAAAGUUAUCUUUGAAUGAUCAAAGAUAGAAGACCUACAGACUAGGAAAUUGAAGUUUUUAUGCUAGAGACGUUAAAGUCGUCUAGACGCAUUUAACGUCUGAGACGUUAACGUCCUUUGUUAAGUGCGUCGUUCAAACGCUAACAGAAGACGUUGAAGUCGUCAGACGUUAAAUGCGUUUGUCUUAUUUACCGUUUUUAUACUAGACGUUAAGGCCGUCUUCAGACGACUUUAACGUCUCUAGCAUAAAAACGGUUAUUACUCAUUCCCGUGUAAUUAAGAAUCAAACAGGUUGAAAGCAUUUUAACCCAAGUUUUUUAUUUUGAACUGCAACAUAACUCAGUUGCCAAAAUAAAAAGCUUUAUUACAGGAAUAACAAUUGUGUGGUCACGCACAUUGAUUUCCACACGCACACACACACAAAAACAAAACAUUGAAAAUUAAACAACUAUCAUUAUCAUAUCUAAGCCGCCGCUUUUUAAGUGUACAUAACGUAGUCAUCAUGCAGCCAAAAGCCGCCGUCUUUUUCCUAUUUGCACCGUUUUUGUCAUGAUUUAGAGCGAGUUUGUGAUUGUGUUGCUAUUUUGAAGUCAUGCCUGCGUGACCUGAGACUAGGACUUCAUUGUUGUGACUCGAGCUUUUGCAUUGAUACAUUUUUUAGCUCGUUAAUAUUAAUACGCAAGACAGCGGGAUCUUUUUGUCUUCCAAUGUCUGACGCACAACAGCAAAGAUCAUUGAGGAGAAAUAAUUAAGUUCAAUAGCUUUCAAUAGUGCAUUUAGGUCAGUUAGGUAGCUUAGUAGUAUUAAGAAGCUCAAAAGUAAAACAAAUGAUAACAAUUUCAAUAAACUCAGUUAAUAAAUCUAAAUUUUAGAAGUCAUACGCCUUCGUCUUUACAUUUAUAUAGGAAUCUAUAAAGCAAGCUUCUUAAAGCCGUUGCUCGAUGAAAGCUUUAUCUCAGACAUAAAGGAUAACAAGGACUGGCAAGCAAAGUAUCAAAAGUCUGUCAACGAGUCCCUUUAUGAAUUCAUUCUGGAUUAUGUUGGCAAACCAAUUGAUGAUAUGCUCAGGUAAGGUGUUUAUUAACUAGUAUCUUCAGGCCAGUUUGGUAAAGUCAUUUCCAAAGGUCCAUGGAGCCUGUAGUGCGGUGCAACUUUUCUUUGGGGUGCAGGGGCGGGUUGUUGUGGACGAUUCACAGGAAGGCAGAGAAGGGGAUGAAAGGGAGUGCUCGCACUUUGAAUGGCACAAAUUUAGUUUUCAAGUUUAUGAAAGACUUACAAUCGAUCUUUAAAAGACCGCUUAGCCUGAUGUGCCAACAGUGCUUCUCUAGAAUACUAGGUCAUUUGCACUAAGGCGUCAUGUGACAUCGUUUUUAUGCAAAUGAAUGUUAUAUGAUUUUGCUUUGUCUUCGAAAAACGAUUAGCGGGGCAUAUCCUAAACAACAUAAAAGUGAUUUGGUUUUUCAAACCCGCAACAUUUUCUUUAAAAAAGUAAGUUCGUAGCUGGUCACGUGACCAAAUGUGAUAAUUACCUCUUUCUGAACACAAAUUUUGCACUUAAACUUCAAGGAAAAAGUUGAAAAAAUGAUGUGGUAAUGUUUACAGCACAUCUGAACGUAACUAUCAAGAGUUCAACAAGGUUUAAGCAAAAAGUAGUUUUGGCCGCCAUGUUGGAGGGCAAGAGUAUGUCCACCAACAUGGCGGCCAAUACAAAACAAAUUACUUUGUUGAAAAAUCAAAGUGCCAUAAAAUAUCUACCUUAAAAGCUUUUCCUCUCAAAUUUCGGUUGUAAGAUAAUUUUUAUGUGCUUUGCUAAUUUUUGGCAACAGCAGCCUAAAUUCCAACCCAUUAUUUAAAGGAAGCAUUGGUCACGUGACCUCUUAGUGCAAGUGGCCUGUUCCCUUUAACUUUUACGUACUUACGGUGGCCAUGGCUUAGUAUACGAAACGCGCGCAUUCCUUGAUCCAUGAGCUAAUCCAUAACCAAAAUAAGGCUUGACGGUACCCGCAGCAGAUUUGAUAAAACGAGGAUAAUUCAGACGGUAAGCGGCCUCGUGUAUUUUUUGUAAAAAAAAAUUGUUAUCAGUAAUUUGACUUAUUUCCUUUUCGAGUACUUGAACACUGGACUACUGCCCUUUUCACUUUCCUCACCAGUCUUCCUCUGCUUUUAAGAUCAAAGAUAGAUGGCACCUAUACGAAAAAAAAUACUGAGUGUUCGUUGGAAGGAAAAGCCGCCAGCACUAGAUAUAGCAGCAGUUUCUGUGCAUAUAAGUUUUGUACUGUAAACAUGAUUCCUGCACCUUCUAUGAAGAAGCAACGGAAAACCUGGUUCACUUGUUUUGGAGCUUUUAGCCUUUUGGAAAGACUGCUAUCAAUGGAUAAUGCAAAACACCUCCAAAGUAGAAAAAUUCACCUCUCAGGAACUCUCUUACUUCGUUUAAUAGGCCAUUUGCACUAAGAGGUCAAGUGACAUGGUUUUCAUGAAAAUGAAAGUUAUAUGAUUUUGCCUUCGGAAAACGAUUAGAGGGUCAUACCUUAAACAAAAUAAUAGUGAUUUGGUUUUUCAAACCCACAGCAUUUUCUUAAAAUAAGUAAGUUCGUAUCUGGUCACGUGACCUAAAUGUGAUUUUUAAAAUAAUGAAUUGCCUCUUUCUGAACACAAAUUUUGCACUUAAACUUCAAGAAAAAUGUUGAAAACAUGAUGUGGUAACAUUUGCAGCACAUUUGAGGGUAACUAUCAAAUGUUUAACAAGAUAUAAGCAAAAAGUAGUUUUGGCCGCCAUGUUGGAGGGCAAGAGUAUGCCCUCCAACAUGGCGGCCAAUACAAAUCAUACUACUUUGUUGAAAAAUCAAAGUGCCAUAAAAUAUCUCCCUUAAAUGCGUUUCCUCUCAAAUUUCGGGUGUAAGAUAAUUUUUAUGUGCUCUGUCGAUUUUUGGCAUCAGUAAGAUUCCAACUCAUUGUUUAAAGGAAGCAUUGGUCACGUGACCUCUUAGUGCAAGUGGCCUAUUAACAAUGUAAACAUAAUUUUCUUACUGUUGAUUAAGAGUAGGUAGUUCAAAGAUUUAAGAGUAUUGUAACAGCCUCUCAUUUGAAACACUUCAUCAAUAGUAAUGAGGGGACUGAUUGGUUUAAAGGCCACUCCUAGUUCUUAUAGUUCUGUCAUUUCUAAUAUUACAAAUACGUAUUAAAGAGACCUAGAUCUUUAACAAGAUUACUUGCGCCAAGCUAAUGAAUCGUCUUUGUAGGUACAUAGAGGGAGAUCACCUACAGAACUGUGCACCGGACACCGUCUCCACAGGAUUUGGUAGCUUGCCGCUAAGUUACGUUUACGUUAAUGGAAGACAAACCGGUACAGUGACCACUGGAAAACUUCCCACGGGGGAGACACUGAACGGAAAGGACUCCUAUAUAAAAUUACUUCAGCAUUUUACCACCACUUCUGAAACGCCGGAUGAGAUUUACAAGCUUGGUGAGGAAAUGCUCAAUAAGCUGUAUUCCGAGGUACGUCUAGCACCGGCGUCAGGUUUUUUCCAAGGUUUAUUUAGUAUUUACCAAAAUAGUGAAUAGUAAUUUACGCGCGUUUUGAUUGACUCCCGUAACUCGGAAUACCCUUCGCGACAGUAGUGAGCUUACAAAACAGGACGGCAGACUACAGCAAAAUGUUUGUGUGUGACAAGCUUUAUCUUCACUUAACAAUACUACGCUCCGGUUCAUUGAAAAAUGAUCGCUUAAGAUGAAAGUAAAUUUUGGCGGGAAUUUUUUUCAAACAUAAUUAUUGUCAUGCUUGUCACACAAGCUUUGUUAUCUUCUUUCCUCCACCUUUCUUUUGACCCCGGCGCACACAAAUGUUUACCAGUCAGGCUAGUGGCUAGGUCAGUGUAAAAUUGUGUAAUUUAUAGCCUUUUUUCUUUUAAUUAUCUAUUCGGGCGGACCCUUACAUGGGUCCUUGAGGUCUCGUUCCUGCUUACCACUUUGGGUCUAAAUUUGUUUUUUCUUUUAUUCUCAUUGUUUCUUUCUUCCUUUUUUUUUAAAAACGUUUUUAGUAAUUAUGUAUAAGGUAAUGAAACCAAUACAGCAUAAAAACAGUUCUCGAACCAUAAGGUUUCCAAUCCUUGUGCGGUGGCUAAUCUACCUUAUCAACUCACAGUUGACAAAACCAAACCCCUUAUGAAUUAUGAAAGCGCUUGCUGACAUCUCUAAUUCUUUAAACAGGUCGUAGACUUAGCCAAGAAUAUCACCAAGGAAAGUGAUGAGAACACAGCAAAACAGAAGUUUAAGACACUGAUCAACAGUGCCAACCAGUUCUACAACGAUGGAAUCAUACCGGCAAAUGAAUCUGACGCUAACGCACACAAAAUGUGCGGUGACUUAAAGGGCUCACAAAUGUAUUGUCCUAAAAGGACCGCGGCGAUGAAAAAAUGGCAAUCCCACGCUAAAGAUGUAAGCAAGUAGAAAUCAAUUUGUAUGCUACAUAAUUAUGUGUUUUCACUCUGUUCUAUUAAAAAAAGAAUUUAUAUCAGUGCCACUGUAUUUAGAAUUAAAUUACUCCUUAAUCACUACUUGAGGGCACUAUUUUUACUUCUCCUACUGAGGAUGGGACCACCGUGAUCCCCUAUUUUGCGACCCAGCCUCAGGAAUCGAACCAGCGACCUCCCACUCUGUAGUCAUGUCUUGACUGCAGGGCUCGGAGAUCUCUGCUGACUCUGGAAAUGUGGAGGCAUAAAAAGAGUAGUAUACAAAACAUUUAAAGAGAUAUGUAAAAUUAACCUAUUUUAUUGGCUUUUUUAUAAAAUUUUUUCAGAUUCUAGCCACUCUACAUUACGAAAUAGCAGGCCUGUUUUAUUAUACCGGACCUUACAAGUCCACUCCAAGCUGUCCAGUUAAAAUUGCUAUCGACUUCAAUCCAGCCAGUGCAGUGCCCUUGUACCGUUCCUCGGAUGCCAAAUGCUCCAAAGUAGCUGCCUAUUAUAUGCCAUUCUUUUUAGAUAAGCCUGGACCUAAGUAUGAAACGGUCUCACUGGCGGCGCACGAAGCAAGGCCUGGGCACCAUACUCAGGUCAGUGCUGAGACUCUCCUAUCACCAAUUUAUAAGUAGGACGUCAACCUCGAUCUAAGGGCUUUCCCUUUAAAGCCCUGGGAACGAAAUAACGCAGAUGUGUUUGCAGUUUCAAAUUAACUGUUUUAUCAGAUUUUUCAUUUUUGACAUAUUUUUCCCAAAGACACGAUCAGCGGACUCGGAGUACAUACUUUUCUAUGACAUACAGUGAGCAAUUUGUUUUCUGAAAUAUCUCUAUGCUUGCUUUCUUAACUCAGCAGCCCAUAACCCGGAGCGAGCAACUCCCAUACUAGGCCUAUGUCACGGCGCUUUUACGGACCAGUUUAUUUUUAGGCACAUUCUAGGGCACUUUUUCCCCCGAAAAUAGAAUUUCCAUCAUGACUGUGAGCGCAUGCGAAGUAUAUCAUAUCAAAAAGGAAAACUAAACGUUAUUAAAAGGCAAAAAAUAUCAUUUUUAGGUCUGUACGUUCUGCUGACUGGUUCGUGGAAUUUAAAAGAUAUUCAAAAUUCGCGCUAAAACCGUUCUAAAAAUAAUGUGGUCCGUGAAAACGUCGUGACAAAAGCGCAUAGAACUUACUUGUUAUGGGCUCCUGCUUAACUAUUAUAAAAUGACGAUACCAAGACCAAGACAAGAAAAAGUUUGCCUUCAAGUCGUGUUUUUACAAUAAGAAACAAUAACUGUUGUUGCUGUUGUUGUGUUUUUAAUCACAGGUGCAGGGCUACAUCGAAAACUUUAUAGAGCCAUGUGAAGGACCCAUAAGCUGGAUCGCUUCCAGCACAAUUUACCUGUCAUUUUCAGAGGGCUGGGCACUUUACUCAGAAAAUCCAAUUGUCCCUGAUUAUACCAAAUUGUACGAAGCUGAUCCAAUAAGCAAAUAUGGGAUGUUAAAAUGGCAGGUAUAAAUAGUCAGUACUCAUAUUCAUGCGAAAUGACUGUUUGUUUGCUUUACGUUUUACCCCAUUUUAGGGUCGACAUGACUUUUUUUCUAGUUUGUUACAUAUUGUCGUCCAUAUCACCUCAGAAAUGAGCUAUACUAUCCAUGAAUUUUGUUAAAAAUUAAUCUGUCUCCUUUAAUAGUACGGUAGUACAUUUUCACUAACACCGGAUAAUAUCUUGUAUUUUUUUCCAAAAUUAGAAAGCGAGGAAGUACCAGUUUCUGCAUAUUUGGAUCAAAUUCCAGUGGAACCAGGGAUUUAAAUAUUUUAUACUACUACAUGAGAAAUUUCUGCAAUUUGAUCGACUUAGAGCAGUGGUAUUUCAGCUUAAUUUGAAUACCUACAUGUGAAAAUUACAAACCUCUCGUAGGUAAUAGUAUAAACAAAUAAUGACAUGCGUGAUAUUUGGCAUAAAUACUACCCGUGAUAUUUCAAAAUUGUCUCAAGUUUCACUCGCCUAACGGCUUGUGAAAUUACGUAUAACAAUUUCGAAAUAUCCCUCCUGGUAUUUAUGCCAAAUAUCACUACAAAUCAUGCUAUUACCUAUACUAACUGAAAAAAGCACCUGACAAGCUUAAAAUAUGUAUUACGAUUUAUUCCUGGUUGAUUUUGAAAUCAACUCGACUGCUGAGCAUAAAAGAUUAAAAAAAACAGUUAAGGUUACUCAAAGAGAAAGAGGUAGGCGGGAAAGGAAUCCAGAACUUUCGAAAUAUAUGAUCUAAAGUUACAGAGAUAAAUAUUUUUACAGGUUUGGAGAGCGUUACGCCUGAUGAUGGACACAGGCCUUCAUUACAAGGGCAAGUCACGUGCCUGGGCAUUGCAGAUGUUUGAAGAGUACGCAUGGGAUACAAGUGACGUGGCUUCAAAGGAGGUGACUCGUUACCAGAGCCUUCCUGGACAAGCUGUCACUUAUAUGCUUGGACAGUUGUUUAUUAUUCGACUAAAAAAGAGAGCACAGGAGGCUCUUAAGGAAAAAUUUAACAUCAAAGAUUUUCAUUAUCAGGUAAUUUAUGGUCGAGCAAGUUAGGUCAGAUUGUAAAUGAUACUCUAAGCUUGCUUCUCAUAAUAAUAAGGCUGUAGUAGUAUUGUAGUACCCGAAUUAUUCUCUUUUCUUGGCGAGGGGACCAGUCAGCGCCGGGGAAAGCAUGGGAAAACACUUAAACGUCGUUGAGGCUAUAGUCUACUAUGUCGCUAAUUAACGUUUGGAAAAAAAAAACAUUUAAACGAUUUUAUUGGUUUGUCAAUGGUUUCAUCUAUUGCAAGAACUCAAUAAAACUUGCUUAUUCACGUAAAAGUUGAAGUUAUUUUCACUAAAGUACGACCAAAUGAUUAGUAAAGAGGCUACAGAAAAUUAGACCAUGACAAUAUCAUUUUCCAGCAUUAAGGAAGUUUUCUCAAAACUUAUAUGGUAAGAUCCCUAGAUGUUUCGUAUAAGGAUUCAUUCCGCAGUUUAUUUCCAUUGAAUCAACUAAAAUGCCUUUGUUCUUUGUUGCUUAGAUCCUACGCCAAGGUCCGUCACCUCUUAGUUACCUAGAGGAGAGUAUCAACAAGUACAUUGCCUGUGUGAAGAACAAGAACGAGAAAGAUUGCGAUGAGGUUAUGAAUCCUCCAUUCCGGGAUCAGUCUGGCGGAUCACGAAAUAAUCAUGUAGAUAUGUUAAGUCAAGUGAGUGUUUCUCCUUGGGUUAUGUGACCGAUCUUCAUGCAAACCGAUGGAGUGAGAUACUUGAACAUACUACUCAGUGGCGGAUCCGGGGGAGGGGCUCGGGGGGCCCGCACCCCUCCCCUUAUAUUUAGACCAAACUGAGGCCCUAAGGGCUGAAAAAAAAUUUUCUCGAUAAUUUUUUCUCGAUCUCGCUCUACCUAGAUACUUCAACAUUUCUAAAACGUUUUAAACACUUUAUGAAUACAAUAAUCAAGUAGGAAGGCAAAGAAAGCCACAAAGUGGCCCAAAUGUAUUGCACCUCACUCACUAUGCACAAGUAUAAAAGGCACUGAAUAACUUGUCCAAAUCAAUUUGUAUUAAAAUACAACAGAAGGCAGACAAGUUGGGUUAUUAGCAAGGGCACCCAAUGGAUCUAUUCCUCAAAUGAUCUGUUCUUCACGCAAAUUUGUGCUGGCUCGGAGAUUUGGGAAAAAUAAUCACCCCUGACUCGUCCCCAGUCGUCUCUCAUUAUUAGUAUUUGGCGUGGAAGACUAGAGCGGGUUCUUUAACGAAGGGGGUGACGGAAAGAAAGAAGAGAGAAGGGAGAGACGACGUCUUCCCUCCUCUCGUCUUCCCAUCUUCUCCACGUGCAUACCCUAAGCGUUUCCUUAGUAAAUAGAAAAUGAGUAGAGACAACUUAGAGACGACUGGGGACGAGUCGGGAACCACCCACCACUGAAGGGCUGAAUUGGGCCGUACGACCACACCCAAACUUCCCAGUGAGUCAGGCUGCAGGUUGUGGGGGCACCUUGCUGGCAGCUUUAUUCACGCUUUGUUUUUUUAUUUUAGGUCUUUUUCUCAAAAUUUCCCGUUGGGUGCCCCUGUAUUAGAGGAUCCCAAAACAAGACAUUUAAUAAAAUCACUUUU